GGUCUGGGCGCAUCUUGUUUCCCUCCGUCUGCGCGAGCUACGUGAUAGCCGGGGUCCUAUUCCGUGUUUGAGCAGGCAUGCCGCCUUCUUUCCCAAGCAUUAAGCAUUUCCCUGAAGCGCGAGGAAAACGAAUGUAAAUGCCCGGCUGCUAUCAGCCCUUGAGUUCAAUUGGGGUUGAAUGGACGUCAUGUAAACCUAAUUGCAAGAAGCUUUUAUUUAUGAUGCCACAGCAACCCGCUGUUUCAUUCCCGACAUUCAAACUCAAAAUGGGGAAAAUGGUUUUAAUUAUGUGCUUUAUUGCGAUGAUGUUGCUUGAAGUGUCCUACUCCGCUCAGGGGAGGUACGCUCAGCUGUUGCUCACCGACCUGAUGGAGAACUACUCUAAAGCCCUUCGACCGGUGGAGGACACAGACAAAGCCCUGAACGUCACUUUACAGAUCACUCUCUCCCAGAUCAAAGACAUGCAGGACGAGAGGAACCAGGUACUGAUCGCGUACCUGUGGAUCCGUCAGACGUGGCACGACGCCUACCUGAGGUGGGACAAGGAGGACUAUGACGGCCUGGAGGUCAUCCGGAUCCCCAGCAGCCUCGUGUGGAGGCCUGACCUCGUCCUCUACAACAAGGCCGAUGAUGACUUCUCGGGGCCUGUGGACACCAAUGUGGUGCUGAGGUACAACGGGGAGAUUACAUGGGACGCCCCGGCCAUCACCAAGAGCUCCUGUGUGGUGGACGUCUCCUACUUCCCUUUCGACAGCCAGGAGUGCAACCUAACAUUUGGCUCAUGGACUUACAAUGGCAACCAGGUUGACAUAGCCAUGGGCAUGGGCAGUGGGGACCUGUCUGACUUCGUGGAGAACGUGGAGUGGGAGUGCCACGGCAUGCCGGCCACCAAGAACGUCAUAAUGUACGGCUGCUGCUCCGACCCCUACCCCGACAUCACCUACACCGUCCUGCUCCAGCGCCGCUCCUCCUUCUACAUCUUCAACCUCCUCCUGCCCUGCUUCCUCAUCUCCUUCCUGGCCCCGCUGGGCUUCUACUUGCCGGCUGACUCCGGGGAGAAGGUGUCCCUGGGGGUCACUGUGCUUCUGGCCCUGACCGUGUUCCAGCUCAUGGUGGCUGAGAGCAUGCCGCCGUCGGAGAGCGUGCCGCUAAUCGGAAAGUACUACAUCGCUACCAUGACAAUGAUCACAGCCUCCACAGCUCUUACCAUCUUCAUCAUGAACAUCCAUUUCUGUGGUGCCGAGGCCAAGCCCGUCCCACAGUGGGCCAAAGUUCUCAUCAUCGACUACAUGUCCAAGAUCUUCUUCGUUUACGAAGUGGGAGAGAACUGUGCUACUGCCACCGCCUCCACUUCCGCCUCUUCUUCUUCCUCACACUUUGGUCAGGAUGACUUCAACCAGACAAAUGCCAGCCCCCACCAUCAAUGGGCCAAUGGGAAACCGGGGGGGCACAGUGAGCGAGAUUACCAGUGCUGCCACAAACAACCCAGACCCCAAACCCCUGGGCCCAAACGCCACCCAAAGCCCCAACCCCAUCGUCACAUCACCGGCGAUGAGAAGAACCAUCAGUCCAAGUGUGAGGGUUUUGAGUCUAAGAAGGACGUUCCCCUGGGAGACUGCAGUAAGGAGGCCCUUUCAUGCUCUCCAGAAGAUGAAAAGGCAGCUAUGGUUGCUGCCACAAUGGCCUCAGUGACCUUUGGCCACUGUGUGUUCUGUAGUCACGGCAGGAGCUUACUUGGGGUGGAGUCCAAGCUGGUGCAGAACGUGGAGUACAUCGCCAACUGUUUCCGGGAGCAGAGGGCCACCUGUGCCAAGGUGGCAGAGUGGAAGAGGGUUGCCAAGGAAGAAGUCUUCCUCUUCACGGAGCUCAUCCUGAGGCAAGAUGUGCCUGACAGUGAAAUCUCUCACUUUAGGAUGCUGGGAAAGCCAGUCUCUGGUCCUGUUAGAGGACGGUGAGCCCUGGGGGGCCAAUACACCAUAUAAUCACCCCCAGAGCCAUGUAGGAGUGGCAUGAGUUGGAAAUGUCAUUUGCACAGACAGGAGAGAGGCUGGAUAUAGAUCAUUGGGGAUAUUGUCAGAGUAUUUCAGUGGUGGACAGGGUGGGGGAAUCCAUCCUCACCUGUCCAACAAUUAACUCAAAUAUGUCAUUUUUACUGUGAAAGCUAAGUUGAUGUUGUAACAGUAAAAAAAAAACUCCAGGAUAUGGUCAAGCAACAGUUGAAAUGCAACCAGUCACAUCACAAUGCAAAAAUACUGAGAAUUUCCUUCUGUUUAUAUAAACUUUCAUACACUUGAAUAAAAUGUUUUGUUGCUAUUCGUCAUAAAAUGUGUUUGUAUCUGAUACCUUAAUCCCCUGAACUGGCAAGAUGAAUAAUUUCAGGUUUUAUCACAGUGAUUCUGUCCCAGUCAUUCAGUCCCAGUUAACUUACCAUUUGCAUUUGAAGGAUGAUCUGUGAUAUCAGCACUAUUAUAUUAUUGUUAUAUACCAGACUUAAUCACACCACCAUACCUAGAAAACAUACCCGAUUAAACUAAUUGCAUUCUAAACUGAAGAUCACGGUUGGUUGAUUAUUGGAAGGUGUGCUAGCUGGAUCUGGUGAUCAAGGUUGACACU